GAAAACGAGAAGGAGAGAGGGAGAGAGAGGCUUUCGCCGAUCCCUCGUGUCAACAGGAUUACAUCAGAUAUACCUGGAGGAAACACAAAGCUAGCGUGUUCUCUAAAAUGAAAAUCGUCAUCGUUGUCGCCGUUCUCGUCGGUGUUGCGUACGCGGAUCCGUGGAGCAGCGGUUACCGACGCGCUGUCUCUGCGGCUGCGUCCUCCGGGCCGGUCGCCGCGUCUUACGAAACCAGCUCGAAUGAGAAGGCCGAGUCUAGCUAUGAUUCCGGCGUGCGAUCGGGCUCGUACGCGCCGCCGGUGCUGCGUAGGCCUACAUACGGACCUGCCUCCAGCUCUUAUGAAUCUGCUCCAGUUUUACAGUCCUACGAACCUAAGUUAGCCCCUCAGUCCCAUCGGUUGGCCCCAGUUGUCGUGUCGCAUGACAUAAUCCCAGUCCCCGUAACGUACCGGUCUAACCAGGGUGGCUAUGGAAGCAGAAGCGAGCCCAGCUACGAGGUACGAUCUUACGACGUUCCCAGCUACGGUAGUUACAGCAGCAGUACAACAGAUGGCGCCAGCAGCGAGGACAGUGCCACCCAGGACUACCGACCUUCACCACGCUAUGAUGGAGUCUCUGUUCCAACAUAUCUGGAUCAAACUCCACUUACGCCAGUAUAUCAGACUGCCCAGUCAUCAUCAUACAGUGCCCCGGAACCAGCAUACCAGACCGCCCAGUCAUCAUAUGAUGACCCAGAACCAGCAUACCAGCCCACCCGGCCAUCAUACGGUGCCCCGGAACCAGCAUAUCAGCCCACCCAGUCAUCAUACGAUGCCCCGGAACCAGCAUAUCAGCCCGCCCAGUCUUCGUCAUAUGAUGCCCCUGAACCAGCAUACCAGCCCACCCGGCCAUCAUACGAUGCCCCAGAACCAGCAUAUCAGCCCGCCCAGCCAUCAUAUCGUGCCCUGGAACCAGCAAACCAGUCCACCCAGCCAUCAUAUGGUGCCCCAGAACCAGCAUACCAGCCCGCCCAGUCUUCGUCAUAUGAUGCCCCUGAACCAGCAUACCAACCCGCCCAGUCUUCGUCAUAUGAUGCCCCUGAACCAGCAUACCAACCCGCCCAGCCAUCAUACGGUGCCCCGGAACCAGCAUAUCAGCCCGCCCAGCCAUCAUAUGGUGCCCCAGAACCAGCAUACCAGCCCGCCCAGCCAUCAUACGGUGCCCUGGAACCAGCAUACCAGCCCGCCCAGCCAUCAUAUGGUGCCCCUGAACCAGCAUAUCAGCCCGCUCAGCCAUCAUAUGGUGCCCCUGAACCAGCAUAUCAGCCCGCCCAGCCAUCAUAUGGUGCCCCAGAACCAGCAUACCAGCCCGCCCAGCCAUCAUAUGGUGCCCCAGAACCAGCAUACCAGCCCGCCCAGACAUCAUAUGAUGCCCCUGAACCAGCAUACCAACCCGCCCAUUCUUUGUCAUAUGAUGCCCCUGAACCAGCAUAUCAGCCCGCCCAGCCAUCAUAUGGUGCCCCUGAACCAGCAUAUCAGCCCGCCCAGCCAUCAUACGGUGCCCCGGAACCAGCAUACCAGCCCGCUCAGCCAUCAUACGGUGCCCCGGAACCAGCAUACCAGCCCGUCCAGCCAUCAUACGGUGCCCUGGAACCAGCAUACCAGCCCGCCCGCCCAUCAUCAUAUGAUGCCCCGGAACCAGCAUAUCAGCCCGCCCAGCCAUCAUCACAUGAUGCCCCAGAACCAGCAUAUGGCAAACGGUUCUACGCAACGACGGCUCCUGAAUAUUUUACAACUUCCCACUAUGGACCAAUCACCAGAGGACAGCUAAAGGGAAGGGGCAACAGGAAGAGUUCCUUGUCAAUUGCCAGCCGCGGCUAUGCAAAGGGCACGCUGUUAGCCACAGAUCGUGCGGAGGCUGCUGAGGCAUCCAAGAGGAGCAGUGGUUACGAGUACAAAUACAGAGAAGGACACCAUUAUAGACAACCAAAGACAGCAUACAAGUACGAAAUUAACGAGCCAAUCUGGGGCUACAUGGACAGCUACCAAGAGGGCGGUAACAAUGCUCAUUCGGUGCCAUCUAGCAGACCAUCCUACGCAUAAAACAUUUAGAGAAUGUUACCGGCACAUCUGUAAACACAGAAGAGACCUGGAAAUGGCUACAAUGAUAAUGUUUAUUAACUGACGAUACCAAUUUAUAAAUAUUGUUUGCACAUGUAGAUUACUGAUAAUGAGGAGCACCUUAUAUGGCAAAUAUGAUCAUGAUAUCUUUUUUAUAUAUAUUUAUAGCUGUGUUAUAAUUUUUAUCAAUGUGGCCAUAACAAUGUCACAAUUGCUCAACCACGCAUCUCUGUUGUCAAGCUGUUGUCACCGCCUAGUAGUAUAGUCACUAUCAGACUAUGUGUUAUUACAUAUGUGUUAUUACACUGUCAGAUUAUGUUGGAUUUAUGCGGUACGACGCGAAACAAAGUGUUUUAAUAGCAUUCUAAACUAAAGGAAAUUAAAACAAUGUAAUUAAUUUAGUAAUGCGUACGUUGCCAGUUUUAUUUUGAUAUAGACACAUGUUGCUUGUUUGACCUAUUAUC